AUGGCCGCCAACGCCCGAUACAGUCUUCCGGCAGGCUACAAUAGCCAUGCCGCCAACGGGGCCGGCGGCAAGCCCGCCCUGCCGCAUAUCGACGAUGUUCUUGCGUUACCGACGGAUGUUGACAGCAAAAAGCCGCUCAAAUGGCUGCUCGAGCAAGCUGAGAUGUCACUGCGCCAAUCGGAGAUGAGCCGCGAUUUCAACAGGCCAGCGCUGGCUUUGAAAGACUUUAUCCGCGCUUCCAUCAUUACCGUUCAGCUCGUCUCUCACCAUAAAGAUUAUCUGAUGCUUAAGGAAGGGCGCGGCGACCUGUCAAGGAAACAUGCUGCACUCAUGACACGGAUCAAACAGCAAAACGACAUAUAUGACCAGCUCAAAAAGGAUAUCAUAGCUGAUAACAAGAGAACUGGUGUGCUGCCCAAAUCGCAGAAGCCAGUGCAAUCUCAAUCAAAUGGCAACCACAAGUCUGCAGCGCCACACAUCAGCAGCAGCAAUGGCCACGCAAUGACAGCGUCGGGCAAGGUCAAGCCUAAGGUGCACCCAAAGCCUCAAUCUCUCCAGGGAAAUGCUGUCUCUGGCCAUGCAAGGUCUUCUUCGACUAACACUGUCAAUGUCGACUUGGCAGCACGGUUUGCAAAUCUCCGGGGGCCACAAACGACACCUGGACAAGAUCCGCGGAUCAAGACUCAUCAGAUUCCCUCGUUGAAGCCCGCUGGCCCCCGAGACAUGCCUUCAUCGCCACAAAAGUCAGAGCCAGGCGCAACACACACGUUCCCGUCGCUACCAAAGAUGCCAGAUGCAAUAUACCACCCAGCUCGUGGGAGCGUCUCUAGCGACGCUGGACAUCCACCAGCUACUACACCCCGAGGCUCCUCCAGCCGUGCCACCCCCACUCCUUCACUGAGCAACAUGCCUAGUCCAGUAUCUGCGCGACAGAGCAUGGAGUACUUUCCGCCCGUUCCUGCAAAUGCGACUGGCAGUAGAUCGUUGCUACAGAGUUCCAUCUCCAACAAUGAGGCUGACUCGAUAACGGCCGAAGAACUAUUCCAAGCAAUGAAACAGACAGGCUCUGUGCUAAUAAUAGAUAUACGUUCUCGUGUCGAGUUUGACGAAGGCCAUAUAAUGUCUUCCUCGACAAUUUGCGUGGAGGCUAGCAUUCUGCUUCGUGACAAUAUAUCGGCGGCAGAGAUCACGGAAAGCCUGGUUCUGUCGCCCAACCAGGAACAGUCGCAAUUCGAUCAGCGCAACAAGUACGAGCUAGUUGUCUUCUACGACCAGGACUCUGAGGAAAUUCCCCGGUCUCCCCGCAGCUCCGAUGAUAUGGUUAUCGUCUCCUUGCAUCGCGCUCUUGUCCACUUCAACUACGAACGCGAGCUCAAGCAACCCCCGAAGAUCCUCAAAGGCGGCUUAGAUGCAUGGAUUGACCUGAUGGGCUCUGCCUCCCUACAGUCUACAAGCCUCAACAGCAGCUCCCAUAUUCCGGCUUCGCGGGCUCGAAGCGGAACCUUCCAGCGCAGGAGAUCGAAGUACAUUCGGCCCUUGCGUGCGGACGAAGUCAAAGUUUGGCAGGAGACCCUGCAGAAUGAAGAGAUGGGCGCCAAUCAACCUCCCGAAUAUCAUCGCUCAACAGAAUCAUUCCUACGCCGCUAUCCUCCCAUCUUGACAGAGCAAGAGUCUAUGACGUCUUCUCCAGCGACUGAACAGCCACCACGAUAUACUUCUCUACACAAGAUUGAUCCCUACACUGAUCUUCCAUCGCCGCCAACGCGCCCAGCGCCUUCAGUCCCGCGACUCAGUUAUAGCAGCUUGUCGCACACAUCUGAUGAAAUCGACCGCUUCGAGGAACCAGUGACUCGCCGCCAGACCGUCCGACCGAAGAAUGUCGCAGAGCAGGUGACAGGGGAUGGCUAUAAGCUAUAUACAGGCCUCAAUAAUCCGCAUAACUGGUGCUAUGCCAAUAGUACAGUGCAGUCGCUCCUCGCGUCACCAGACUUUGGAAAAGAGCUUUCUGAUUCAACUUGGACAAAGGAGUACCGGGCCCCAAAGAAGGACAGUGAGAAAAUAGAGCCUCCUCAACUGAUGAUCCGGAUCAUGUCCAACUUGUUCCAUUGGAUGAGCACCGGCAAUCUUGAAGUCAUGAAAGCCCAGACUCUGAUGGACUACUCCCAGCAUAUUUGUAAACAGAGUCGCUCAAACGCCCAAUUCGGUGGAACCCAGCAACAGGAUGCGCAAGAGUUCAUGUCUUUCCUCAUGGAACAAUUGCAUGAUGAAACCAACUCGCGUCGAAAUCUCAAGGGCAACGCAAUGCAGCCAAACACUAAGUCGCAGCCGCUGCUCUACGCCGCCGUUCAAUACUGGUACAACCACAUACAAUACAACGACUCCAUUGUCGACAGGCACUGGAGAGGCCUGGAACUCUCGACGGUCAAGUGCCAGGAUUGCCACACCAAGACUUAUACCUUUUCUCCUUUUGAAUGGAUUCCAGCCCCGGUUGCGCUGGGAAGCACACGGCAGACUCUUGAGCAGUCUCUGCACCAGCACAUUGCCAACAACACACUCGACGACUUCUCGUGCGACAAGUGCCGCCGCAACACCCGCGCCAUGCAGUCCAUUUCCUUUGCACGAUUGCCGCCACUGCUGUGCGUCUGCUUCCGCCGCUUCAACUACAACCAGGCUACUGGCGACAUCAAAAAGUCGACGGCGCCCGUGACGUGGGAUUUCAACGACUUUGACUUUUCGCCGUACUUUUUCGAAAACGGCAACGGACGUCCACCGCCCGGCACGAACGACCACGCAUACCAAGGCCCCUUCCGGUACGAAUGCUACGCUGUGAUUGUGCACGCGGGGAGCAGGACGGACAAUGGGCACUACUUUGCGUAUGUGCGAGAUCAGAGCACGCACGACCCGUACGCUUGGCUCUGCUGCAACGAUAGCCGAGUGACGCGGGUGCGGAUCGGCAGCGGUGACCGUGACGAUAUCCAGAACGAAGUCUUCAAGUCGGGGCAAGAUAGAGUUCCGUAUCUGGUGUUUUUCCGGCGCAAGGGAUGA